GUGACAGAGACGGGGACAGCGGGUUAGCUAGCUAGCCAAGUUCUUGCUGACUGAUAGUUGUUUUUUCUGUUAGUUCUCGUGUCGUGUGGUCGUGAAUAUCGUUGAAAUACGGACUAUCUGCAUCCUCCCCUCGGCUGACUGGGAGUCGCCAUGGAAUGCCGUGUUCUGUCCAUACAGAGCCAUGUAGUCCGGGGAUAUGUGGGCAACAAGAGCGCCUCUUUCCCAUUGCAGGUCUUAGGCUUUGAGGUGGACUCCAUCAACUCUGUCCAGUUCUCCAACCAUACGGGUUAUUCCCACUGGAAAGGUCAGGUGUUGACAGCAGACGAGCUCCAUGUUCUUUAUGAAGGAAUCAAACUGAACAACGUACACCACUAUGACUACGUUUUAACAGGGUAUACCAGAGACACAUCUUUCCUCGAGAUGGUGGUGGACAUUGUUCAGGAGCUAAAGAGAGCUAACCCAAACCUGGUCUAUGUGUGUGACCCUGUCCUUGGAGAUCAUGGAUCUAUGUAUGUUCCCCAGAACCUCCAUCCAGUCUACAAAAACAAGGUGGUUCCUGUUGCUGACAUUAUCACUCCCAAUCAGUUUGAGGCAGAGUUGUUGACGGGGAAAAACAUAAGCACAGAGAAAGACGCUGUGGAGGUAAUGGACCUGCUUCACGCCAUGGGCCCCGACACGGUGGUCAUCACCUCCUCUGACCUUCCCUCCAGACUGGGAGACCGCUUCCUUGUCUCCCUGGGCAGCCAGCGCUCUGUUCUUCCAGACGGCAGCAGGACGACACAGAGAGUUCGUAUAGAAGUUCCCAAGGUAGAUGCUGUGUUUGUAGGAACUGGAGAUUUGUUUGCUGCUAUGCUGCUGGCAUGGACACACCACUACCCCAAUGACCUAAAGACGGCCUGUGAGAAAACAUUUUCAGUGAUGCACCACGUUAUCCAGAGGACCAUAUCUUACGCCCACGGAUGCCAAAAGGACAAGAAAAGCAAAAGAUCUAGCGUCGAGUUAGCAGGUCCUGGUAGGAGGCCCAGUCCGCCCCAGCUGGAGCUGAGGAUGGUUCAGAGUAAAGCUGACAUAGAAGACCCUGCUAUAGUUAUGGAGGCCACAGUCAUAUCCUAACAUUAACAGCUCAUAAGACUCAUGUUAACCCCGUCCCACUCACCCAUAAAUCUCUCAAGUCCUGUAUCCCAGUAAAUCUCUCAUCACUGCAAACCCUGACUCUCAUUCCCUAACCUCAAAACUGUAUUACUCCGAUUCCCUCAGUCCUUAGUAUUCAAACGUCUAAAGUCCUGUUACCUUUACCCAUUAACUCUUUAUCAACCCCUUAAACUGUACCUCUAACCUGUAACUCCCAUAUUGCCCUAACCCCUCCCCCUCAACCUCGUCUCUUAACCAGAGCCACGGAUAGAAAGUUCAGGCCAGGUUGAGCUACCGGCUCCAUGUUGCUGCCUUCUCUAUAGAGCUAAAAUGCUGACUGCAAAUGCAUUCUCAUGACAUCAACAUGGUGAGAUGCCAAAUCCACCAAACACUAAAGAUGUGUUGAGUCACCAGUCAUAUAGCGGCGGCAGUGGAGCAGGAUUUUAGCACCAACAUGGCUGCCACACAAGCCCACUGUCUAUCUGGGGCUCUGCCCUGCCCCACCGAUCCCACCCAGCCCCUCCUCUAUUGUCCUUACUGCAGUGAUUUAAUGGUGACCAAGUCCUACCUUUUAGACUCCCCUCCUUCAAAAUAUAACAAAGGAAAAAAAAAAAAAAACGCACAAUGUAUAGUUGAUGUAUAGAUGUUGUACUAUAACUGUAUUGGACCAUCUGUAUGAUAUCUUCUAUCUGAUCUGUCUGUUGGACCAUUGUGUUGAUGCUACUGUACUAUAGACCACACACACACCAUAAUAUCACCUACACCAGAGACAUAUGGGCCGGUUGUGGCACUCUGCUCCACGGAGGCUCCAGGGGCUCCACUCGUUGCCGUUUGUUAUUAAUAGUUAUCUGUCUAAUAGCCAUAGCACCGUAGAACCUCUCAUCCCAACUUAAGAAAAGUUCCAUUUUGUAAAAUGAGGAACAUGAGCUAUCUGAGCCGCUGUUGGUUUAUCUGACCGGCAUCAGCCAGUCAGAAUUAAGCUCCUUCAGUGUCAGAACCCGCCCAUACACCGGGUUGUACCCGGUUUAGCUCUGGCCCAGAACCCUAUAUCUGAGAGUUGUGCCACUGAAGUUGCUGGAGGCCUCAAUACGCAAUAAAAGUGCCAAUAAUACUUUAGGAAAUGUAAACGCAGAAUGGAGACCCUCCUUGUCACAGCUGGAGACAUCCCCCGCGCUUAGUAGCAGCUCUGUAAUUUAACAGCAGCAGAAAUUAUGUGAAAAGUUUUAUUCCAAAUCAGAUAGUCCUAUCUAGAAAUAUCCUGUUUCUAUUUGGACUUACACACUUAAAAUGCUCAUUGUGGUGAAAGUAAAGCACAUGAUGUUUUACUGUUAAAUUUACAGGUCAGUGAUCUUACAUAAAAAACAUUUUUGAGGAUAAAGUCUAAACUGAUACUUUUUAGAUAGCAAUCUUGUUUUUAUUAUAGGCAAGCUAAUGUUUGGGAAUGAAACCUUCAUUCCAAAAUGUGUUCUGCCUUCCACAAACAAGAAAACAUGGGAAAGUAACCUUAAACAUUUCUUAAGGAUAAGAAACAUUCCCACCAUGGCCAUUUUUAACUUCUGUUAUAGACCAUAUUUAUUUCAUAUUUAGGAAAAUGAAAUAAUUUAUGUUUGGGAAUAUUAUCAAUAUUAAUACAAUUACCAAUGUAAUAAUUUAUAUGAAUAUUUAGGAAAUUGUCUGCAAUGUGAGGACAAAUGUCAGGAAUCGGGCAAACACUGAUAAUUUCAGAGAUUAGCCACUGAAAAAUGCAUCAAAAACAAAUGGCCCUGAAGAAUCCAGAGGACUAUACGUUUGGAUUUUAAAGCAAAACAUUUGCCCAACUUUAGUCAGCAGCAGGAAUCGAGGUGAAGUAGCGAGGUUGUAGCUUUGUAGCUGGUAAGCGAGCAAACAUCCCUGCUGAAUUCAAGCAGUCACUGUAAGCUGUUGCUAUGGAGAUUGCUAAUUCGAUAACUUGUUACGUCAGCAUGAAUUUGUCACUUGUGUGCCGGUCUUCUGGGCAGAGUUCCCCAGCCUGAGUUUAACGUUAAGUCUAAAACUCGAGGCAUGACAGUGUGAGGAUGCUUAUUUUAUGUUGCACAGUGGAGUGUGACGUGAAUGCUGAGAGACGGAGAAUAUGACGUGACAGCGGUCAUGAGCCGGUUUCAGAGCCGUGAUGUCACAGCACUUGGCAUGUGCCUUAGCCCGCUGAGCUACCAGGGCACCACAGGAAAUGAGAUUUUACCGAAGUGACUGUUAGCGCUGUCGAUUGCCACACGUGUCUGGAGUGACGACGCGGCGUCUCCAGGAUCUUUUGUUGUUGUUUUUUUUUUUGUUUUUUUUAAAUGCACAAGUGACGUGCUGACUGUGGUCGCUUAUAACUUCCUAUUGCUUCCUGAUUGAAUGUUCAGUAUGCUUAUAUAACAACAGGAAACAAUUAAAAAAUUUUGCCAGCCAGUGCGCUGAGUUUUGGCUUAACUUUGCUCGGCACCAAAGUGUGUUUUCACGACUCGAAAACCAAAUCACCCGAGGCUCAGAGAAGUUCCAGGUCCCUGUCAGUGUCCCAGCUGUGCCAGGUGUGCGGUUCUGGGCAGGCCAGUGUAUUUCUGUACUGCUGUUGUUUCUCUAUGGACUGUACUGUGAUACUGCCUUAGGAACCUGACAUUACAACCACAACACCACUCACUGAGGGAGAGGAGCGGGGGGGGAGGACAAGGAGGGGGAAGGGAGGAAACGUAACUCAGCAUCACCAUGAGUUCUUGUUCCUUUGUUCACUACAGCUUCAUUUUGUAGGCGAGGGAUUGUGCACAUCAACAGCCUGAUGAACAAAACAAACAAACAAAAAAAAAAAACAGGCUCAUUCAAAAAAAACGUGGUACAGUCAAUAUUGAUUUUGUAUUAGUCUGAUGAUUACACUGCGCCACCCCGGCACACUGAUUGUCAUAUCAAUACCACGUGUGUGUGUGUGUGCUCGGCCAAGCAGUGUUCAGCUCCGCCAUGACUGACACGUGCACUGUCCAAUCCCCUGCUUCCUGUUAACACACUCAUCAGCCGUACUGGGUCCAAAUGUGUCUACCUGUUUUGUCUGUGUCCGAGCGUGUGAGUGUGUGUGUGUGUGUUUGUGUCUGCGUGUGAGAGAGUGUGUAUAUAUAUAAAUAUAUAUAUACAUGUCCUUUAUGGUCACAGGGUUUUGUGUGUGUGUGUGUUUGUGUGUGAGCAUUUGUGUCUGUAACAAUAGGUUGACAUCCCUGAAAAGCAAAUCUAGAAAAGAUGGUGGAUGAGGGACGACAAGGAGGGUGAAAAAAAAAAAAAAAAAAACACACAAGGAGAACAA